UAAAUAUCGAUUCCUUGAGGUGCUUGAUGGGCGCAUGAGCACGCUUAAAUAUCGAGCGAGCACAAGCCGAUCUUUACGAAUUUCGCGUGUGCCUCGUGUUGUAAUUACAAGUGCGACAUUUUAUUAAUAUCGUACAAUUGCAUAUCGUUUGCAAGUAGUGCCAAAGUGCUGCACAAGCAAUGUGAGAGCCGGAACCUAAAGGAAAAUAAAAAUUGUGCGAGUCGACAUAAAACGGAAACUGCGUUUGUGCGAUGGGUGUGUGCUAUGCAGUCGCCGUUAUUUUUAUUUUGAUUGUGGUCCUGUAUGCAAGCCUCGAGUUGCAUUAUUUUCUUCGGAUGACGCUAAGCGUUAUCCUUGCCAGAUUCUGCAAGAAACGCGCCCAUAUUCUACAAGAGACCUCCGUAAAUGGCAUCUGUUUGACUACUGAUAUUGAUACACUUCUAUAUCAUAUGAACAACGCUAGAUUUAUCCGGGAAUUGGACUUUGCUAGAGUCGACUUCUACGAACGGACCGGAUUGUACAGGUGCAUCCGCGCCAAAGGGGGCAGCAUUGCUAUGGGUGCCACCUCCAUCAGAUAUAGGAGAUUUAUAAGGCUUUUCCACAGAUACUCAAUUAGUACUAAGAUAAUAUAUUGGGAUGAUCAAAGUAUAUUUAUGGAGCAUCGAUUCACGACACCUCGAGACAACUUCGUCAAUGCCAUAGUCUGGUCGAGGACACGGCUGAUGGACUGCAGCGCGGAUGAAGUAAUGGCAUCCCUUCUUUCGCCUGGAGACGCCGAAAACGGCACCACCAAACUGAAACCGGAAAUGCCUACGGAUGUAGCCACCUGGAUGGAAAGCAAUGCCAUUUCCAGUGCUAAAUUGCGCGGAAAUUGCUGACAGCAGGUGGAGGCCGCCAUCUCCAAUGGCGGCGGUCAAUAAGUUCCAAUCUGAAGACAAACAUAAUAACCAAAAGCAAAAAUUAUACAGUCUAUGGGAAUUGAUAUUAUAUUCCAUGCUAAAUUAUUAGUGAUUUCUUUGAACCAAUACAUAUUAAAUAUUCCGAAGAGCUUCAAACUGUAGUAAGCCCAGCAUUUAUUAUGCCUAGCUAGUAACCAAGUAUUGGAGGUAUCCUAUUUCUAUAUCAAUAAGUGAUUAAUUGGUGUGAUCUUCUCCAAGCCUGAAAUUCAUUGGGCACAAGUUAUAUGAAUUAGAUAUAAUUUAACAAAAAAAAGUGAAUUAUAUUUUUUUCUUGAAAUAUAGACGUUAUUUUUGAUGAUGGACGAUGAAAUGUCGAUAUACUAAAGCAAGAAGUCUUAUUUGAACAGGGUGCAAUUCAUU